AGAGAGAGAGAGAGAGAGAGAGAGAGAGGAAGAGAGAGAGAGAAAAGGAAAGAAAAAGAUAUCAAGUGUAGUGCGCGAAUAUCUUCAACAAUUUCGCUACGUGAUAUUCGUGAUAGGGAGUAAAUUAAAAGAAAGAAGAUAUAGAGAAAGGGAAAGAGAUAGAAAGAAAGAAAAAGAAAGAGAAAGGGAAAAAGAGAAAGAUAGAGAGAGAGAGAGAGAGAGAUAGAAGGAUAGAAGGAUCCCGGCCACGUGCGAAGCGAUUACGCGAGGGAACGAUACUACGACUAUUAACAGUGUGUGUGAGUGUGACGACAAGAGGAGACUUUGUGAGAACGAUUAAAGAAGAAAUUAUUGAAAUUGGUGUUUGUUAGGGGAUGGGUUAAAGGGCAAAAAGGUAGAGCUAUCUAUCGAGAAGAGAGAGUUUCUAUGGAUUACUGGCCGAGUUGACACGGCCGCCGGCCGAAUCCUUUUUUCUCCAUCACCAUCGUCAUUAUCGUCGUCGACGUCAUCAUCUUCUUCUUCUUCUUCUUCUUCUUCUUCUUUUUCUUCCUCCUCUUCUUCUUCUUCUUCUUCUUCCUCUUCUUCUCCUUCUUCGUUAUCCCUAUAUUGGAGAGCAUUCUGUGCCUCUCUCUCUCUCUCUCUCUCUCUCACACACACACACACACACACACACACACACACAUAUACACACUUCGUCCCUCUCCAUCUCUCUUUCUCUUUUUCUAUCCUCUCUCAUCCUCUCUUUCCUGUCUAUCCAACGGACAACGAAAAAAAUAAAAGAGGAAACGUUAGAGAGAUGCCUAUGGAAUCGUCAAAGGUACGGAUUUACCUUUUGGUGGUGCUGCGACGACUUCACGAAGGCGUCGUCGAUCGUGUUAAAGAAAGAAAAAGAUAAGAAGGAGUACGGAGAUGAUAGAAGUAUACGUGACGAAUUAAAAGUGUUAGAGACAUGGUGCUUGUUCAUUCUAUCACGAUUUAUGAUAGGUGUUAUGAAAGUACUCUACGUUUAAUUAUUCUUCCGAAGGAAGGUAGGAAGAAGAAGAAGAACGACGAUAACGAAGUAUGAAUAAUAGUGCGUAUAGAUCUUGGACAACUGAAUAAUUGAUAAUAUUAAAAACGGGAAAUAACGUGUUAAAUCUGUGUUGCUCCGAAACAGAAAAAAACGAAAGAAAAGAAAAGAAAAGAAAAGAAAAGGAAAAGAAAGAUCGGAAAGAAGGAAGGCCAAUUUAUAUUAGAGUAGUAGAAACAAUUUGAAAACGAUCGUAUUAAAGUAGUAGCAUCCGGCCGCCGCAGUUCUAAUCCCCUUUGCGGGAUCGCGCACGAGCUAGCGCGUGAGGAACGGUGCGCGCGCGAGAAUCUAUUUUUUUUUCCAAAGAGUUGAAGGGAUGUCACGGAGAAAGCAGGCCCGACCGAGCCGUGCCCAUCUCGAGGAGGAUCUUAUCCAGGGCCCUCUCCUGAUCGAUCCGGUUGGAAGCAUCAUUAACGAGAGCCGAGAGGAAAAUGAUUUCAUAUCGGACGGCGAGGAGAGUGGCGGCGGUGGAGGAGGAGACGAAGCGGUUGAUCUUACAGCGGCUCGAACUCAUCACGGAGAUGAGGAUGAGAAGGAUCAAGAGGAUCCUUUGGAGGAAGAUGAGGAAGGCGUCGACGAGCAAGACGAACAGGACGAGGACGAAGAAGGCUCGCGAAAGCAAAUGCACCAUCGGCAGGACGCGGAAAACAAUAACAACUUCGUCGAGGGUGGAGCGAGUAGCGGGAUCUUUCCACCGGCUGGUACUAGUCACGUCACACUCGAAGCCCUUCAAAAUACGAAAGUGGCCGUCGCUCAAUUUGCGGCCACUGCACUCGCCGGUGGUGCGGACAGUGAGGCAGCUCUACAGGACUUGGCCCUCUUGCAAAGUACGCUAUACACACUUCAACAUCAGCAGGUUUUUCAAUUGCAGCUGAUAAGUCAGCUGCAACAACAAUUAUCUAUUACUCAUGGCCAAUCCGUGCCACAAUCGUCGACGGCUGAGCCACCCAAUAGCAAGGAAGCUUCGCCGUCUCCUGUCCUGCAUCCGAAAGCAUUGUCUACAUUGACCUCGCCACCUUCCUGUCGAUCACCCAGCAGCAGUCAUCGUCAACAAAGCUCGCCGGCGCCGGCAACGCCUAAUCUACCACAAGAACGGCCUACGCCUAGCAGCAGUGCUUCUCCUCUGAAUCUGCCGCUGCCAGCUACGCCUAACGUCUCCUCGAGCAUACCAACGACGAGUAACAAUAGCAAUCUAGCGUUGUCUCAUCAGAUGCCGCCGCUAUGCUCGAUAAGCUCGUCCUUGGCGUCCUCGAUAAUAACCAAUACGGAUCCACCGCCGCUUCACGAACCCAACACCUUGGAAAUGCUACAGAAACGAGCGCAAGAGGUGCUGGACAAUGCCAGUCAAGGACUAUUGGCUAAUAACCUCGCGGACGAGCUCGCCUUCAGGGGUGGCAAAGGUUCUCGGCUCUCGCCUUACGACUCGAAAUCAGGUGGCAGCCGGGGAGAACAUUUCUUCAAGCACCGAUGUCGUUACUGCGGCAAGGUUUUCGGCAGCGACUCAGCCCUACAGAUCCACAUACGAUCCCAUACAGGUGAGCGACCCUUUAAAUGCAACGUCUGCGGCAGCCGAUUCACCACGAAGGGAAACCUGAAGGUCCACUUCCAGAGACACACGGCUAAAUUUCCGCACGUUAAAAUGAACCCAAAUCCCGUCCCCGAGCAUCUCGACAAGUAUCAUCCGCCUCUCCUUCAGCAGAUAGCCUCGGGUCAGAGGCCGAUGCCGUCUCCGCCACCUCCGCCUCCUUCGCAUCAUCCCUCGUUUCAUCCAGCGGCUACGGCCCACGGAUUUCUUCCUCCUCAACCACCUCUGCCACUCAGUCUCGCCUUACCCGGAAUGCCACCCCUUUACCGGUCUCCCAUUAUUAAUCAUCGCGACGACCAAGAGUUACCGGAAAACUUGAGUAAACCCGUAACCACGGUACCGACGGCCACCUCGCCCCUCUCCCCAGCUGCUCUCUCCAACUCCCACCAUUCCUCUUUCCACGAUAAUCAUCAACAACAGCAGCAAAAGCAACAGCUCGAGCAAGAGGAAAUCAAAAUGGAACAGCGUUCGCCUCUUCAGGAACAAUAUCAGCAACGACCGACUAGUAGGGACGGUACUGAUAGAAUAACGCCGAAGAAAGAACCUGAGGAUACCGAGGAACCAGUGGAAGAGGAGACCGAAGAUUUUGAAGAAACAAGGCGAUAUCUCGCUUCACCGCCUUCUUCGGCUAAUCCCCCCUCGCAACCUCAAACCUAUGAGGACUGUAGUAUGGAUAGUAAGAUAAGUGGCAGAUUGGAGGCCGAUGGUGACAUGGAGGUGGACGAGGAGACCGAGGAACAACCGGAAAAUCUUUCUAGUCGAGGUACGGCCGGUCGUUUGCCUCAACAAAUCGUCGCCUAUCCCGGAGCAUCGCCGGCCAGUAGCAGUGCAAGCAGCGGAAGCGUUCAAACGUCUUUCGCCGGGAUUUUAUUCCCUGGGCCACCUGGCCAUCAUCAAAUACCACAUCACACUGUCGCGAACGCGAGCGUGACGCCGACCGUGUCGGCGGCCGAGAUGAUCGUCGACCCUGCCAAGGAUCCGGCGAUAUAUUCCAGUCUCCUUCCAAGACCCGGAAGCAACGACAAUUCUUGGGAGAGUCUGAUCGAAAUAACGAAAACGUCGGAAACAUCGAAAUUGCAACAAUUGGUCGAUAAUAUCGAACACAAAUUGACCGAUCCAAAUCAAUGCGUUAUUUGUCACAGAGUACUCUCUUGCAAGAGCGCCCUACAAAUGCAUUAUAGAACGCAUACAGGAGAACGUCCGUUCAAGUGUAAAAUCUGCGGGCGAGCUUUUACCACGAAGGGCAACCUCAAAACCCACAUGGGUGUACACCGUGCGAAGCCACAGCUUCGAGUGUUUCAUCAAUGUCCCGUUUGUCAUAAGAAGUUCACGAACGCUCUCGUACUACAGCAGCACAUACGUCUGCACACGGGUGAGCCUACCGAUCUCAGUUUGGAACAGAUACAGGCAGACGAAGUGAAUGAAUUUCCCCCUGGCUAUUCGCAUCACCCAUUAGCCUCUUUCCUACCUCAAGGAUUUCCACCUAUACAUCCGACGAGCGCGGGUUUCUCCCUAGGAUUUCCACCCUCCCGACAGCCUACCAUAGAACGACAACACCAGAAAAACGACGUAGACGUUAAGGAAGAACCCCAGCAGCAACAGCAUCAACAACAACAGCAACAGCAACAUCAAUUACAUCAUCAUCAUCAACAACAACAGCAGCAACAACAGCAGCAGAGAUACAUGGAAGAACACAACGAGGAAGUGGAAGAGCAAGAAGACGAAGAGGAAGAUCGCAGGGAGGACGACGAAAGGUGCGAGGUCAAUCGCGAUAGGUGUAUCCCGGACACCGAGGAGGAACAGGAUCACGAGAACGAGGAAAGCGAACAAAAAGAAAUCUCUCUAUCUACCUUCUCGACCUCUUUGGCUGCUUUGGAGAAUCAAGUGCGAACGAUCACGACUACGGCGACCGGCACGGCCUCGAUCGUCGCGAGAUCGCCUUCCUAUCAUCGUUACAACGGCAGCGACAAGAGCAAUAGUCCUCCCACCGGUGGGGCACCCCUCGAUCUCACCCCUCGAGCCUCAUCGACGCCAGCCUCGGUAUCAUCCGCAGCGACGCCGCCACCCCAGACGACACCCCAUCACGCGCAUCCUUUCGGAAUGUUCGCAGGCCUCUUGCAGACGGUCUCCUCCUCGCCUUCCACCAGCACCAUGGGAUCCUCCUCCAGCAUAAACAGUGUCACUUCGAUGAAUACCGUCGCUCCUGGCAGCGGUGCCAGCGGUCCACUAGCCUCCCUCACUACAUCGGCAGUCCUUGCUGCCACAUCGACCUACAAUCCGCUCGGCCUAGCUGUCGGAGGGCCAGCAGUACGUGGAAACACUACGUGUAAUAUCUGCUACAAGACAUUUGCGUGCAACUCUGCUCUGGAGAUUCAUUAUCGAAGUCACACGAAGGAGCGGCCUUUUAAAUGCAGCAUAUGCGACAGAGGAUUUUCGACGAAGAAUGCUGGAUCGGACGUAUGCUCCUCGUGCGCGGAGCAACGAAAGCCCUUUGCCAUAAAGGGCGCCCCACAAACGAAUAACCGAUAUCAGAGCGAGGAGAGAAGAACGUCGACUAGCGGAAACGAGGAGAAACCCAAACGCAGGCGGCGGAGGCCUGAGGAACGGAAGAACCGGGGGCGGACCGGGACCGGAGGGGGGCGGGGGCUGACGUCUAUCUAUUCAACCGUCCGCCUGCCCCCGCUGAUGCCACCCGCCCUCGGACUUCUCACCUCGGACCACGUCUUCCUGGGCAAUAUGAAACAGCACAUGCUGACACACAAAAUACGCGAUAUGCCACCCCAUCUCUUCACCGAUGCGAAACAACAACAUCAACAACAAAGCCAGGAUCACGAGAGUUCUAGGAGUCCUAUGUGCAGCGACGAUUUGAGUUUACCACCUCCACCUCCACCUCCACCACCACCACCGCCGGUACCACCGGCGUCAAUCGAGUCGGCAGUACCAAUGAAGAGAUCUCCACCCGAGGGUGAUCUUCCGGCACCAAAAAGACCACCCAGCGUGCCGAGUAAACACUUGUGCCAGAUUUGCAAUAAGAAUUUCUCAUCAUCUUCGGCGCUCCAGAUCCAUAUGAGAACUCAUACUGGCGACAAACCAUUCCGAUGCACCGUCUGCCAGAAGGCCUUCACCACCAAGGGUAAUUUAAAGGUACAUAUGGGAACCCAUAUGUGGACCAACGGAGCCUCGCGGCGAGGACGACGCAUGUCGUUGGAUCUGCCACCUCUGCCCAUCACUCCCAAGGACUCGGAGUUCCUCCAGCGACGGCCGGAUCUCUUCUAUCCUUAUCUACCCGCGCCAUUCCUUAACGGAGUACAGCAAAAGCUGAACGAGAUAUCGGUGAUCCAAAGUAACAACGGUUUGCCGGCACACUCGGUAGGCGCGGCAAAGUACGCAGGACUAUUCGGUUCCGUGUACAGUGGAAACGGAGGAGGCUUCCCUGGGGACAAACAACCGAUGGCACCAACCAGCAACGGGCCCUUGGUCGACGGCAAACCAGCGAUACCAACAGGCUCGAUGCUUUUCCAAACGCCAUCGCCGUCUCAUUCGCCGGGUACACCUUCCUCUAACAGCGGAAAUCAAAAUUCGGCUAGUGUUCCGUCGUGGACGACGAGCACCGGCGACCCUCUUCAACAUCAUUUCGACAGAGAGCCACCAAGUAGAACAGAGAACGCAGCUACACCACCUACGGCGAGACUACCGCCACCUUCGGCCCCAAGAGGCGAAGGGCUCGCCGCGUGAACCUCGACAUAUCCUUGGAUUUUCUUGUAAAAUCCGUAACUCGCUAUUUAUGUACAGUAUAGAAAUAAUAAUAAACAAAACAAAAAAGAGAAAAGAAAAAAAAAAGAGAGAAAAGCAGGAGGAGAAGAGAUCGGACCUUCGCUAAGUCCCGACCGGACCCACGGACUGGCUCAUCCACGAAAAAUGGAGUUUACGAUUUAUCCUCCGUCCCCGAGUGACAUAAAAGGAAGUGACCAUAACGAUACGAGAGAAGGAACACGACCAACGUCGAACGUUUUCCCGUGACUAACGAGCUCUAAAAUGAGCCUGUGCAUUUUUUUUAUUAUUAUGAUUAUUAUUAAUCUCGGGACUCAAACGGACUACAGCGCCGCUCCCGCCGUCGUCAUUUCUUCGAGUGAGCCGAAUAUCAGAAGAACGGUUUGUCCGGUAUCACUGUUCCCUUUUAUUUCUAUCUUCAUUUCAUCAGUGUUCCAAAACUCAAAGAACAUUAAAUGUUCUUUCGUGUUAUUUUCCUACCUAAUAGAUAUCAAUAAUUAAUGUAUAAAUGAAUGAUAACGAGAUCUACGUUUUUUUCUCUUUCUCUCUCUCUCUCUCUCUCUCUCUCUCUCUCUCUCUAUUUCUUUCUCUCUCUCUCUUUCUCUCUCUUUCUCUCCUUUAAUAUAUCCAUAACUCUAUAUUAUACAGUGGUGCUACGGAUAAACGAAUGACGACAUCAUGUUCCUAUUAUAACACUAGUCUUAACGCGUAGAAAUGAUCGAUAGGUAAAUCGAUUCGAUAUUUGACUGCUUCCAGAUAGCUUAGGGGGCAAAAAUCAUACGAAGUCAUUGACUCCGGGAAAUAUUUCGAAACCGGACCGUUUCGCGUUACUCCUUGCUCUUUUUAAUUAAUGCCUAUCCACACACAUAUACACACAUACACAAACACACAGAUAUACAGGCAAACGGUCAAACACUUACAUAAAUGAAUACAUCACAUUUGUAUGCUCGAAAUACGCGCGAUCGGGUCCUCUAAGAAUUCGUUGAUAACGUCGAACCUUUUUGGGGUGAGGGAUUCAAAGAAGAACGCGAUGCCUAGACUGAGCUCGUUUACUUUGGCCGAUUAAUGAAAUCAGUAAUUACGGACAAAGUGUGAGCCAAAAGACACGUGGUGUCACGUCGACUUAAAAUUCCCUGAACUCUGACCGUCCAUUCGCGACAGUGAUGGUCACCUCACUUAGAAUUAUCUAAAGCUAUUCUAUAAAUAUAUACAUAAAAUGUAUACAUAUAAAUCUAUAUAUAUAUAUAUAUAUAUAUAUAUAUAUAUAUAUAUAUAUAAGAAUAAAAAAUCAUUGUAUUCGAGCGAAGGGGCGUGAAUGUGUGAGUUGUAUACACUUGGAGAGCACGUGUCAAACUUUCCCUUUUUAAAUAAAAGGGAAAAAAGAAAGGAAAACUUGAGAGCAAGAUGAAAGAAUGCGUGUGCGUGAGUAAGUAUGCAAGAAUGAGUGAGAAAAUAAUGGCUCAUGCGAAAAAAAUAUACACACACUCAUAUAUA